AUGCCAUUUUUAAACGAAUCAUAUGUAACAAAGGGGAGUUGGAGACCUGAUUUAUUUAAAGGAAAAGUUGUAUUUGUAACAGGAGGAGCAGGAUCAAUAUGUAGAGUACAAACAGAAGCUAUGGUAUUAUUAGGAGCUAAUGCAGCAAUUGUAGGUAGAAAUAAACAAAAAACAGAUGAAGCAGCAAAAGAUAUUCAAUCUUUAAGAUCUGGAUCAAAAGUAGUUUCAUUACCUGAUGUUGAUGUAAGAGAUGUUAAACAAUUAGCUGAAGCAGUAUCCAAAACAGUUGCUGAAUUAGGUAGAAUUGAUUUUGUAAUUGCUGGAGCAGCUGGUAAUUUUUUGGCUGAUUUUAAUCAUUUAUCAUCAAAUGCUUUUAAAUCAGUUGUAUCAAUUGAUUUAUUAGGUUCUUAUAAUACUGUAAAAGCAUGUUUUGAAGAAUUAAGAAAAAAUAAAGGAGCUGUUAUAUUUGUAAGUGCUACAUUACAUUAUUAUGGUGUACCUUUUCAAAUUCAUGUUGGAGCAGCAAAAGCUGGUGUUGAUGCAUUAUCUAAUUCAUUAGCUGUUGAAUUUGGACCGAUUGGUGUAAGAUCAAAUUGUAUUGCUCCAGGACCAAUUGAUGAAACUGAAGGUAUGUCAAGAUUAGCACCAGGUGGCAAAGAAGCUGUUAUUUCUAAAAUUCCAUUACAAAGAAUGGGUACAAAACAAGAUAUUGCUGAUGCUACUGUUUAUUUAUUUUCACCAGCUGCUGAUUUUGUCACUGGUGAUGUAUUAGUUGUUGAUGGUGGUUCAUGGCAAGUUUCUCAAGGUGCUGGUUCAGCUGAUUAUCCAGUUACUUUAAAAAAGGCUUUAGAAGCUCCAGGUGCUAAAUUAUAG